CUUUGUAAAGAUAUAGGAACCAUACUAGCUUUUUAGGAGGAUGGCACUGACGAAAUGCAAAGUGCAGCAUAUAUACCUUAGUGACAUUCAGCAUAUAUUCAGUUCUCUCAUCAGCUCCUCAAUCAAUCUCCAUUUAUUCAUAUUCUUCUUCUUCUUCUUUAUUUGCUAACCACUACUCUAAUUUCAGCAACCAGAGUCUGAUUAAAUUUCAGCGUGAAUUAUUUCUCCUCCUUCAUCCAGAAAGCAAUAAUGAACUCCAUCUUCUUCUUUUUAGUUUUUUCUCUGAAUUCAGUCACUAUCCUGGCAACCAUAGAAUCACCACCAACUUCUUGUCAAAACAAGUGUGGAUCAAUUCCAAUCAAAUAUCCCUUGGGCUCCGGUUUUGGUUGCCGCGUUUCUACCCAUCUAUCACUUGCUCAUCAUCUAAGUCAUCAGACAGCAACAUCAUCACCAUCCCUCAAGACCAUGAACAAGAAGAUGAGCAACUCAUCCUCACAACCCAUGCCGGCACAUACCCAACCAUCAACCCAACACAGAUGUUUACAUGCUUAUCCAUGCACUCUUCUCCCAACUUCGACAUUCCAGCUUGGUCCAUCUCUAUUCAUCCUCAUAGGUUGUCACCCUCCUACAUCUGCACUCUACUCCAAAGGAAACCCCAUUUGUGAUGCUUCAUACAACCAUCUAUGUGCAUCUCUGCACUCCUGUCCUUCUAUACUCUCACUAGGCCUACCCAUCUACUCUUCGACCGAUACUUGUUGCGGUUACUCCCCGGCGAACCUGAACGCGAAAGGCGAUUUGGAUAUUAAUGCACUGAGAUGUGCAAGUUAUGUUUCGGUUGUUUCGCUCGGCGAUAUUCCGACGGAUCCGAAUCGGUGCGAAUACGGGUUGGCUUUGAAAUAUGAUCAAGUUGGAUUGGAUCAUAUUGAGAUGAUUUGUAAUGCUUGUGAGAAAAGUGAUGGUGUUUGUGGGUAUUCUCCACCGAAGAAUAACUUCGUUUGUGUUUGUAAGAAUGGGAAUAGUAGCUCGGAUUGUUAUAAUGUGAAUAAUCAGGUGAGUAGCUUUUACUGGACCUCCGGCGGAUCUUCUUAUCGUUUGUCUGCUUUUCUUUUGCUUUUCCUGUUUUUAAGUGAAUUAUUAAAACUUUAAUAUUCUUAUAAAGUUGGAAUAUAAUAAAGAUUUGGCA